AUGGCCGAGCCCGUUGCCAAGCACGCCAAGCCGACGCUCGGCCCGGUCACCGCGCAAGUCCUCUUGAGCCCAUCGCUCCUCGGCGAAGUCUUGCGCUACGCACCCGGUCAGCGCCUCGCCGACUGGGAAGACGGCGACCGCGCGGUCCAGCGAGGGUACCUUCUCGUCGUCCAGUACGCGCCUCGCCUGGCGUUCCGCGACACGAAUGCGCUGGAUAUCGCCGCAGCAAAUGGCCACCUUGCGCUCGUUCAGUGGCUCCACGCCAGUCCACUCCACACGCUCACGGGGUCGCCGGCCGCGAUUGAUGGCGCCGCCCUCGGUGGGCACAUGGACGUCAUCGUGUGGCUACAUGCGCACCGCGUCGACGGUUGCAGCGCCGACGCCUUUUCGAACGCUGCCACGAGCGGCCGCCUCGACAUAUUGAACUUUCUCCGCGCGCAGUACCCCGACAUGCUGCUUCCCGCCGUGACGUACCACGAGGCCGCCGAGCAGGGCCAUGUGUCGAUUCUGGAGAGCCUUCCGACGACGUUCGCCGCCGACGCCGAUGUGCCGCGCUGCCUCAUGGACGCGGCGGCCAAGGGCGGCAACUUGAGUGUGGCCAAAUGGCUGCAUGCGCAUGGGCUCGGUGAGUGCAGCCAUGCGAUGGAUUAUGCGGCUGAAGGUGGCCACCUCGAGAUGCUUCAGUGGCUGCAUACCCAUGGGUACGAGAGCUGCUCGACGGACGCCAUGAACUGGGCCGCCAACUGCGGGCAUUUGCACGUUCUCCAGUGGCUCCAUGCGAAUCGGACCGAAGGAUGCACGGAAGACGCGGUCGACUUUGCGGCCGAGAACGGCUUUCUACCCAUUGUGCAAUGGCUGUUGCGGCACCGCGACGAAGGCGCAACGACUGCGGCCAUGGACCUCGCCGCCAAGAACGGACAUUUUGACGUGGUCGAGUGGCUCCACACGCACCACGAUGUGGGCGCCACGACCGCGGCCAUGGACGGUGCGGCCAAGCGCGGCAACCUCCCAAUGCUCGAGUGGCUCCAUACGCACCGUACGGAAGGUGUCUCGACCAACGCGAUCGAGUUUGCGGCUGAGAAAGCCGGGAACCUGCAUGUGCUUCGGUGGCUUCACGAGCAUCGAAGCGAAGGCUGUAGCAUCGAGGCGGUCGAGGCCGCGCUCCUCGAAGAACACCCGCACGUCUUCAAGUGGCUCUGCGAGCAUCGGCAUGAGCUGCCAUUGCGCAAGUGUGUACGCCUCGCCAAGCAGCACGGUCCGUCGCACCUCGUGCGCUGGGUACAGGCGCUCGCGCAACGCCGGGCGGCCGACGAGAAACCCUAG